AUCCAGGACCCAGAAUCAGGAUCACUGUGAGCCUUCGAACAUUAACUCUGUGAGCACAGAAGAUGAGAACAGUGAACAUUAAUAUUACUCUAACGACUGUGAGUUUUAACAUUCCUAAAUUCCAUAUCCCAGACAUACCAAUUUCCAGAACGGCAGAACCUACGGCAAUGAGUAAAUAUAUAUACUAAAAGAAACCUACGGGCACAACGGUGAAUUUUUUCAAAGUCACAGUAUUUAACUCCCAUCUAAAUAAUUCGAGACAUCAGAUAGGUGCAGAGUUAAUUUGACGGACUUAUAGAUACAAGUAUCUAAAUAUGAUAAUUUAAUGUAAUAGAAACUGUAUCUGCGGCUAAUUUAUGGAAAAGAAGCUCAAAAACAUAUAAGAAUGGCGACACAGCCCAGUGAUAACACUGAGUUUCCUCCUGAAAUAACUUUAAAACCUUUAGCAUUGAUUGGCCUUUCAGGAUUGGACACUGUGAACAAUGCAAUACACAAAGCUAUUUGGGAUGCCUUUUCUAACAACCGACGCCCUGAUCGCGCUUCAGUGAGGUUUAAAUUACUAAAUAAUACCUUCGAGUUUCCUGUUGUGAAACCUAAACGCAAUUCGUAUGAAUGGUAUAUACCUAAAGGUAUCCUGAAAAAAAAUUGGAUCCCGAAACGCGUCUCCCUUAUACCUGCCGUUAUUGUUAUUUUCUAUGAUAUGGAGUGGAACGAUCCUCAAUGGAAUGAAAAAAUUAUAGAAUGUGCAUCCCGAGUGCAGUCUAUUCGAGCUGCAGUUGAAGGGCAUGCAACCCGAGUGGCUGUUGUAGUAGUGCAAAGUGGCCUCUCUCCUCCACCUUCCGAGUACUUGCUUGGAGCUGAACGAGCUCAGGCAUUGAGCUCUGCCUGUGAGAUACAAUCCAAAACUUUAUUUGUUCUUCCUCACAAUGACCAUCUCAUGGGUUAUAUUAUUAAAUUAGAAAAUGCAUUUUAUGACAUUGCACAGAACUAUUAUCACCAUGAAACAAAAAAUAUAAAACAACACAGAGAUCACUUAAACAAAACAACCCAUCAAUAUUUGUUUGUUAGACAUCAGUUUAAGCUUGGAUUUCUGAAUGAAAUGAAGCAGGAUUUGAGCACGGCACACAAGCACUAUCUGCACUCCUACAACAAUCUGCUGGAGACCAGACAAGUGGACACCAACAUUCACGAACUCAGGACUGUAGCUGGUUAUAUCAAUUACAAACUUUGCAAGCUGCUGUUUGCUUUGAAUCUUGCUCGAGAUGCAAUUGCCCAGUUAAAGUUACACAUAGAAAGAUACAAGAGCAGAAUUGGACCAACUGAAUUGCUGUUUGAACACUAUGCAUGGAUGGCACGGCAGUACAGUGCCUUUGGUGAGCUGUUUGAUGAUGCCAUCAGAGCUGGCUUACCAGCAAUACAGUCACAACAUCCAGGGUUUUAUUAUCAAUAUGCUGCACAAUUCACUAUGAAGAGAAGACAAGCAAUGAGGUCAGUUUGUUGUGAGGCUACACAAUACCCUCCAGCUCCUGACCCCAUGGAGGGAAUUGUUGAAUUUUAUGGUCAGAGACCAUGGAGACCCGGUAGACUUAGUGCUGAUCCUCAUGAUCCUCAAAAAGAACAAGCUGCCAUUCUAGCUCUACAGUACAAUGAGAGAAUAUUUAAUCAUUCUGCUAUGAUUAUCAGUUUCUUAGGUUCUGCAAUAUCUCAGUUUAAGACAUUCCAUUCACCCAGAAUGAGGAAGCAGUUGGUUGUGGAGAUGGCCAAUGAGUAUUACUACUGUGCUGACUAUGGGAAAGCAUUGACAUUGCUGACACACAUGCUUUGGGAUUAUCGAAGGGAAAAGUGGUGGUUUUUAGCUUCUUAUGUCUUAAAUAGAGCAUUGCAAUGUGCCUACUUGUCAGCUAAGAUUCAAGAUUAUAUUCAUUUAUCAGUUGAAGCUCUCUCAAAACAUAUACAAGUGCCUAACAAUGAUAGGAACAGAAUAUAUAAGAACAUUAUGUCUGUGUUACAACUUAAUAUACCAGAUCCUGAACCUGAUCUGCCAGUUGCAUCUCAAACCAAAGCCUUAGACCUCUGGCAAAGCUCUAUAGACAAAGAACCUCUAACAAUUUGUAUUGACAUGACAAAUAUAUCAAGCUUUCUAGAAGUAAAACCAAAAUUUGUACAGCAGAAAUAUAGAAUGGAUGAAUUUAUUGAUGUUGAAAUUUAUGCAAGAUUAAUCCAUUGCAGUCUUGAAGUGAAAAAAAUAUUGCUUACAGUAUCUAGCAAUACAGAAACUAUGGAGAUACCAAUAACUGAUAAUGGAAACUCAACUGUGACACUUCAUCAUGGUGUAGUGUAUAAGUUUUUGUGUCAAUUUAAACCAAAUGCUCAAGACAAUGGAUCUGACAUCAAUCUUAUUAAUAUUUCAUUCAUUUUAGAUUUAAAUAAACAAAGAAAGAUUGUAAUGAAUUUUAAAAUAGAAGAAAGUAAACCAAGAGGUACCUGUGUGCACCCCGAGUUGCUUCAUUUGAUCAUGAGUCCUAAGAGUGAUUAUAAUUUUGAUUGUAUUGUCCCUGUAACAACUGCUUCUGUCAUGUCCAGGGAGUGUAGAUUAUCAAUGCUAAUAGAGAACCAAGCGCCUGCUCUGCAAGGGGAGUGGUUCCCGACCACAUUUACAAUCACUAAUGAUGAGAAUUGUUCAGUGUAUGACAUGUCAAUCACAGUGUCUCUGUUGAGUUCACUAGACAACCCAAAUCCUGAUUCUGUCACUGACAUGAGCCUUGUACAUGGGAAGCCCCAAUCACAACCACUUCUUAUAAAAGUUGGUGAUCUUAAUAACUCUUCCAAAUACUCAAAUAUAUUUUAUUUGAAGACAAAUAAAAUAGCUUUGAUAGCUGUUCAAAUCAGAGUAUCUUAUUACAUUAACCUCCAUGAUUCUCCCAAGUUAGAAUGUGUGAGAGAUUUUACCACUAAGAUUACUGUUAUAAAGCCAUUUGAAGUUGAAGCAAGUUUUUCUGAUAUGAAUUUUAAACCAAUCACAAAAUGUUUUUUAGAUGAUCCAUUCAUAGUAAUGCCUCAAAUCAAAAUAUUAAGUCCCUGGAGCCUAUUGAUAGUUGACACAGACUUGGAGACAAUCAGUUGUUGCAAACAUUGUGAUGAAGAACAACAGUCCUGUGUAAGUAACAUUGAAGUUACAGAGAAAGAUGUUGCUUCAGACGCUGUCUGUAUAGUGGCCAAAUACAAACCUAAAGAUCCCCUAACCAGGAUUGGUCUAUAUAACAUAAAAUGGAGAAGAAAAUGUAACCUGGAUGGUCCAUGUGUCAUGAGCACUUCAGCUCUUCCUGGUCUCACAAUAGAUGAUUGUCCCAUCUCCUUGCACGUUAGCUAUCCAGAAGUGAUAGAGCUGCAAACUUCUGUUCCCUUGAAAUGUAUAUUAACUGGCAACACAAAUAUACCGGUCAGACUUAGUGUCACUGUAGAAGGCUCUGACGCAUAUAUGUGUUCAGGGUACAAGAAUACCUCUGUGACAGUGCCACCACAUGGCACCGUAGAACUCUGCUACAAUAUUCAUCCUCUUGUCACAGGAAGAACUACACCUCCCCGGUUAAAAGCAACCUUACUAGGAGACAAUUCCAAACAAGGCACGAUUAAGGAAAUAUUUGAGAAAAACUUUCCACAAAAUAUAUUUGUUAUACCUAAGUACAAUAAAUGAAUUAUUAUAGUAUUUAGUAGAAUAUUAUAUUAUAGAAAUAUUAUUGAGAUUUGUAAAUAGCGUUGGAACAAAUAUUGUAUUAUAUUAUUAGUUACCCAUUCAAUUAUGAAAAAUAAACCAAGUUACUUGUUAAA